UACUACGGUGAUUGCAAUAAGUCGUUCUCAAGCCGGUCAGCAUUGAACUCCCACUUACAGAGCUCACUUCACUCUACCGACUUUCGAUACUACGACUGCGACCGACAGUUCAAAAGCUCUCAGUCCCUAGAGCAGCACCUCCGAGACGCUACUCAUUCGCCAAAAUCUAAACACAAAUACAAAACGUGCCAUCGCAAGUUCCGGACCGCCAUCGCUCUUAAAAACCACCACCUACAGUCUCCUGCUCAGCACCCGUUAUGCAAUCUUCGCUAUAAUGGGAGUUUAUGCCGCAUAAAGUUCUCUACGCUAUCUAGAUUAAUCCACCACCUUAGAAGCGGGACAUAUUCAUCCGGGAUACGCCGCAAGAAAUUCAACCGCUAUAUCUUAUCCUAUAAUACAGACCGCCUUAUCACGCGGCCUCAUCACGACGCGGACGGUCUUCUCCUCGAAGUCAAUAAGCGACUAGAAACAAUAACACAAGUCCAAAACACUAAGGUUGGGCACGUUAAGCACGAAACCUUCUUUCUGUGA